UUAUUGACUUUGAGUCUUCUCUUAGUCAUUGCUCGAUAUUAUAUCUUUAUCUUUGUGAACCUUUGAAAUCAUUAUACUGAUGUCUCCAAGCUUCUAUACCAGACCGGUGUCACAAUAAUUGCAAAUCUUAUCUGCAAAAAAAAAACCUUAUCACCUACCUCGGACUAGGGUUAUCACCUGCGGACUAGAGCCCCAGCCACAAGCUAUAACAGUAUUGCUUUUGCACUUAGUGUGUUUUUAUAAAUUUAGCUUUUUCAAGUGUCAAAAUAAACAGUCUGGACGAUAAAUUAGCUAAAAACUGACCUUUGAGAUUAGGAAAAAUUUUCAUAAGAGCUAGCAAAAAGCCUUAAUUAUUUGCAAAUCAUAAUCAUUAAAGACUUGACUUUCAUUGUGAAUACUAGUCUUCGGUUCGUUAGAAUAAAAUUAUUAAUAAAAAUGCAGUAUUUUCUACGACUUAUGGCCUUUCUUUUGUACUGGAUUGGUUCCAGAUUACAAUUUAUUAUAAAACUUUGUAGUGGCAUUAAAAAAGAACAGAUUCCUGAAUUUAAUAGUGAAAUAUUAGGCCUUUCAGCUUUGAAAUUAGUUCAAAAGCUUAAAGCGUGUGAAAUUUCCUCUGAAGAAAUUGUAAGAGAAUACAUUAAACGUAUUAAGGCUGUAAAUCCUAUUUUGAAUGCCGUGGUUGAUGAUCGUUUUUCGGAGGCUGUCGAAGAGGCUAAAAAAGCUGAUCAAGUUAUAGUUUUGACAGCUAAUAGAGAUGAGCUUUUUGAGAAAUAUCCUCUCUUUGGAGUACCUUUCUCUGUCAAAGAGUCAUGUGGUGUUGAAGGUUUAUCACAUGUCGUUGGAAGUCAUUAUCGUCGUGGUAUGAAAUCUACAGAAGAUGGUGCAGCAAUUCAACUUUUAAGAGAAGCUGGUGCUAUACCAUUGCUUGUGUCAGCAAAUCCAGAACUUUGUGUUAGUUGGGAAACUCUUACAUUUACUAAUGGCAGAUGUAGUAAUCCAUAUAACACACAAUAUACACCGGGUGGAUCUUCAGGUGGUGAGGGAUCACUUAAUGGAGCUGGAGCUACUGUUUUCGGAAUUGGAUCUGAUUUUUGUGGAUCAAUAAGAAUACCAGCAAUGUUUAAUGGAGUUUAUGGUCAUAAACCAAGUGGUGGUUUGGUUUCACCAAAGGGACAUUUUCCAAAUACCAAUCAGGUUGGUAUGGAGAAAGUGUUACAAAUGGGACCGAUGACACGUUUCGUAGAGGAUUUACCACUUCUUUUGGAUAUCAUUGUUGGGGAAAACUCAUCGAAGUUAAUUGAUAGUACAGAUAUUGAUAAAAUGAAGAUUUUCUAUGUUGAUCUUUCAAUGCGAACCACAGUUUUACCAGUAACCAGCUCAAUAAAGAAAUCAAUUGAGAAUGCAUGUAAUCACUUUUCAUCAAGGGGUAACGAAGUUCAAAAGCUUGAAAUAAAAGAAAUGCAUAAUUUAUUGGAAAUUGUUGCUGGCAAAUUAAUGUUAUUUGUACCACCAAGCAUACAUACAAAUUUGGCAAAUCCUGAGGAAAAAACUACAACUAUGGCUGAAAUUGGCAAGCAUUUCAAAGGCAAACCAAUGCACACACUUUCGGCUUUAUAUUUCCAAUCUCUUUACGACUUUAGAUUUGCUCUUCCUAUAUUUCGCUCAGAUUACUACAUCAAUAUAAUGGAUGCACUUGAAACCAAAUUAAAGGAAACAUUAGGCAAUGAUGGUGUUCUUUUCUUCCCAACUUUCCAUCGACCAGCAUUUUUACACAACACUUCUAUAAUUCAUUCCCCAGGAACUGUCCUAACUGGAAUUUUUAAUGUUUUAGGUUUACCAAGUUUGCAUGUUCCAAUGGGUUUGGAUAAAAAUGGUUUACCAGUUGGAUUCCAAAUUGUGGCAGCUCCGCUUGCAGACAAAAAUUGUUUCAAAGUUGCUGUAGAACUUGAAAAAGUUUUUGGUGGAUGGAUUCCUCCAUCGAGUAGUUAAUAACCAUAUAUUAUUGAAUUUAUUAAUAUAACAUAUUUAUAACUUAACUUAAGAUAGAAGUAAAAUAAAUAAAUUAUUACAAAGGCUGAAAUAA